AUGGUAGUAUCAAAACUGUACACGGCCGCAGCCACUUCUUCGAAAACUCUACUAAAGAGAUCCAUGGCAACUUCUGCCGCUGCUACCCCCGUAGCUGUCGGUAAGGUUAGAGCUGUCAUUGGUGCCAUUGUCGACGUCCAAUUCGAACAAUCAAACUUGCCCGCCAUCUUGAACGCCCUAGUCAUUAAGACUCCAACGGGUGGUGAUUUGGUUCUGGAAGUUGCUCAACAUUUGGGUGAAAACACCGUCAGAACUAUCGCUAUGGAUGGUACCGAGGGUUUGGUUCGUGGUGAGAAGGUCACCGAUACAGGUGCCCCUAUCACUGUCCCCGUCGGUAGAGAAACUUUGGGAAGAAUCAUUAAUGUCGUUGGGGAACCUAUUGAUGAAAGAGGUCCUAUCAAUGCCAAAUUGAGAAACCCAAUUCAUGCUGACGCUCCAACUUUUGCUGAACAAUCCACAGCCGCUGAAGUCCUGGAAACUGGUAUUAAGGUUGUCGAUUUAUUGGCUCCUUAUGCUAGAGGGGGGAAAAUUGGUCUUUUCGGUGGUGCCGGUGUCGGUAAGACUGUGUUUAUUCAAGAAUUGAUUAAUAACAUUGCUAAGGCUCAUGGUGGGUUCUCCGUGUUCACUGGUGUCGGUGAAAGAACCAGAGAGGGGAACGAUUUGUAUCGUGAAAUGAAGGAAACUGGUGUCAUUAAUUUGGAAGGUGAAUCUAAAGUCGCAUUGGUCUUUGGUCAAAUGAAUGAACCUCCAGGAGCAAGAGCAAGAGUCGCCUUAACUGGGUUGACUAUUGCUGAAUAUUUUAGAGAUGUGGAAGGUCAAGAUGUCUUGUUAUUUAUUGAUAACAUUUUCAGAUUUACUCAAGCUGGUUCUGAAGUUUCUGCCCUAUUGGGUCGUAUUCCAUCCGCUGUCGGUUAUCAACCGACUUUAGCCACUGAUAUGGGGUUGUUACAAGAAAGAAUUACAACUACCAAGAAGGGAUCCGUCACUUCAGUGCAAGCCGUUUACGUGCCAGCUGAUGAUUUAACAGAUCCUGCUCCUGCAACAACUUUCUCACAUUUGGACGCUACUACUGUCUUAUCAAGAGGUAUUUCAGAAUUGGGUAUUUACCCAGCUGUGGAUCCAUUAGAUUCAAGAUCAAGAUUGCUAGAUGCUGCAGUCGUCGGUCAAGAACAUUAUGAUGUCGCUACAAGAGUACAAGAAACGUUACAAACAUAUAAAUCUUUGCAAGAUAUUAUUGCCAUUUUGGGUAUGGAUGAAUUGUCUGAACAAGAUAAAUUGACCGUCGAAAGAGCAAGAAAGAUUCAAAGAUUCUUAUCUCAACCUUUCGCUGUCGCUGAAGUCUUCACAGGUAUCCCAGGUAAGUUGGUUAGAUUGAAGGAAACUGUCGCAUCCUUUAAAGCUGUGCUUGAUGGUAAAUACGAUGAUUUGCCAGAACAUGCUUUCUAUAUGGUUGGUGGUAUUGAAGAUGUCGUAGCCAAGGCUGAAAAGUUAGCUGCUGAAACCAGUUAA